GUGGGUGUCAGCGGGCUUCUACCUGGGCUCGCGGGUGUCGCAGAUCUGGCAGAACGCGGAGCGCGGGUCAGCAGAGGGGCUCUCCAUGGCCAUGUUUCUCUGCGCCUUCUGCGGCAACCUCACCUACGGCACCGCCAUUCUGCUGCGCGCCCCUUCUCUGGCGGCAUUGAGUGGCAACCUGCCAUGGCUGGUGGGCAGCAUGGGGACUCUUUCCCUAGACAUCACCAUUUACCUGCAG